AUGACCCGACUACAGGUUUUGGAGCAGAACUGGGAUAAAUUCCACACCGAUCACGAAAGUAUUUGUCAGGAGAGCCGUGAAUCGUUGAAAGAUCAACCAUAUAUAAAAACGAAGAUGUACGAGCGGUGUCAAGCAUUUUAUGUGCAUGCACGCGCGAGUCUUUUGAGUCAACGUGACGAUUUAGACUCUCGACCACCGACGAGUUCAACUCUUUUCACUACUCCUAUUGCCUCUAUGUCAUCUCAUCGCGUCGCGUUGCCCAGGAUCACUAUGCCGCAAUUUUCGGGAGAAUACAAGUAUUGGGUGCCCUACCGCGAUUUAUUUUCUUCAUUAAUUGGCAACAAUCCUGAUCUAAGUAACGUUGAAAAAAUGCACUACUUGAAGACCAGCCUCUCCGACCAGGCCGCGCUACUUAUAUCAAAUCUAUCAAUUUCGGGCGAGAAUUUCACGAUCGCGUGGGAUGCUCUUGUAAUGCGAUAUGAAAACAAGAGGUUCCUUAUCGCUGCUCAGUUAGAUAAGCUCUCCAAUCUGAAGCCGUUGAAACCACGAUCAGCUCGAGGACUUAAUUUAUUUCUCGCCACUAUUAACGAAGCUUUGGGAGCUCUUCGUGCGCUGGGCUGCCCGAUACAUUACUGGAAUGAUUUACUACUACAUCAAAUAAUCAAAUUAUUAGAUCCUAGCACCCGUGAAGCGUGGGAAAUAAAGCUAGGCCCCACCACGAUAUCCCCAAUUUUUGCGCAAUUUGAGGAAUUUUUAACGGGUCGAGCUCGUGCAUUAGAGAAUUUAGAACUACAUGCGCCCAAUACCAUUUCAGUGCGGGAGCGUUCUAAUUAUUCAAAUGCUCGAAUUUUCAUACCGGUUAGGACUAAUUUAGCCACAUCUAACGGAUCUAAGAAAGACAAAGCCUGUAUUCUAUGUAAAAGGUCGCACUUUCUUAUCAGCUGUCCAACGUUUCAAGCUAAGUCUACGCAGCAACAUUAUGAUUUUGUAGUCUCACAACGACUUUGUUUCAAUUGCCUGGGCGCUCAUUCAGUUAUAAAUUGCCGGUCGUCGCUCAUUCACCAUGUGGAGCAGGAAAUAGAAACUCGAAUGCCAGUUUUGCUCGCCACCUGUCAAGCUAUGAUUUCCACAAGGGAUGGGGAUUCAUAUCCGGUGCGAAUUUUGUUGGAUCAGGGAUCAGAGCUUUCAUUCGUCGCCGAAGAUCUCGUUACUCGCCUCAAUUUACCACAAAGCAAAGCUACGAUAUCACUUCUAGGUAUCGCACGAAUACCAUCCUUUGAAACGGAGCGUAAGGAAUGGCAGCAUCUACAAGGUCUGCAGCUGGCGGAUCCCGAUUUUUUACGACCUGGACCUAUUAAAAUUAUUAUUGGAGCUGAUUUCUACGGUCAAAUAAUUCAAUCUGAGCUUAUCAAAGGCCAACCAGGAUCUCCGAUAGCUCAAGCAAGCAUAUUUGGAUGGACUGUCUCAAGACCUGUCUCCUCUAUUGCAGAAAAUAAGUCAUUCUGUAGUUUUCAUUGCACCAAGGACGAAGAAUUAAUAAAUCUUCUUCAAAGAUUUUGGAAGCAGGAAGAAACAACUAAUACCACAAGCAUUGCCCUCUCGCCAGACGAAGAGCGUUGCGAAGCCCAUUUCGUUAAAUCACAUUCACGUGACAAUUCUGGGCGAUAUAUAGUCCAUUUACCUUUCAAGAAGUCUGCCGAUACACUGGGUGACUCCUCCAUUGUAGCUUUACGAUCCUUAAAUCGGCUAUUUAAGCGAUUUGAGACCGACCUCACCUUCAGACAGCGAUAUUCAGAUUUCGUUUCAGAAUAUAAAUCUUUAGGGCACAUGAUUCCAGUUCCAGAAUCCAAGAUCAACUCUUCGCCUGUUUUUUACCUGCCUCAUCAUGGAGUAUUAAGAGAACAAAGUUGUAUCACAAAGCUGCGCGUAGUUUUUAACGGCUCUAGUAAAUCUAGCUCUGGGCUCUACUGGCAACCAACUAUAGAUGUCUUUAAAUUUAACUCGCAAUUCACUGUUUGCGACAAUGCAUCCAAACGCAGAAUACUUUCCGAGAUCGCACAACUUUUUGAUCCGUUGGGCCUCUUAUCACCGAUCACCGUGCGCGCCAAGAUAUUUUUGCAGGAAUUAUGGACCGUGAUUUCGGUCGAACUUCACGGUUUCUCGGAUGCUUCCAACUUGGCAAUGGCAGCGGCAGUCUACCUUAGAGUUACUUCGUCCGAAAGUCUGACCACCACGCAGCUCGUCUGUGCUAAGACAAAAGUAGCUCCGUUGAAACGGCUUACUAUCCCACGGCUGGAGCUAACGGCUGCUCUUUUACUCGUCCGGCUGAUGACCCACGUGAAGCGUGCAUUGGAAUUCUCGGAAAUUCCUGUAUUUCUGUGGACUGAUUCGUCGGUCACUCUGAUGUGGAUAUCGUUACACCCUUCUCGAUGGAAAGAUUUCGUCAGAAAUCGAGUAACUUUAAUUCAAGAGCUGUCAUCGGCCCAAUCGUGGAGAUUUGUUUCAGACAAAGAGAAUCCAGCCGACUGUGCUUCAAAAGGUUUAAGAGCUGAUCAACUGACACAACAUUCCCUGGUGGAACGGACCUGCAUGGCUGUCUGGUCCUGCUUCAAGUUGGCCAUCAAUCCCUAA